CAAUUGAACCAUGACUACAAUAAGACUCUUUGGCAAUGACAUCAAAGUUGCGGAGAAGGAGAAGAGCAUAAUGUUAUUCGGAAAACGAAUUUUCCCGCAUGCAGCAUUGAACAACAACAAUAGAUUAAUAGAUAUACCAGAUUUUCCUCCACCAAAUAUGGAUAUGGCUAUUCAGUUUGUCCAAGGGAGUCUACCGGUUUACAUCGGCUGGAAGUAUGUGGAGAACUCGGACGUCAACGUGAACUUGAGCCGGUUCCUUAUUCCAACUGGGUGCUGCACCAAAAUACUCCACUACAUGAGUAGGUCGGAGAGAGAAAAGAUAGUAAACGAAGAUGAUACAGGUCUUAACGUGAGUGUAAUGGAUCCAAAGGGUAAUUUACAUGACAUGAAGUUUACCAGAUGGAAGAGCUUGGGGAGACUUGUGUUUAACAGAGGAUGGAACAAACUUGUAGUACAUAACCAUCUUCAAAAAGGAGAUUUACUUCAUCUCUGGCACUUCAGAACGCCCUCUAAUAAACCUUGUUUUGCUAUAAAUAUCAUUUAGAACUAGGAUUUUCGUGUUUAACUUUCUCUUUUUCCUCCCUCCUCAUUUUCUCUUUAGGAAUGUGAAUAACAUUUUAAUUUAAUUGUAUUCUUGAUGCCCACGUA